AUGCUCCUAAACCAGAUUAUCAACACCAUCCUGGGCAGGGGACCCGCACGGAAGUCAUACCUGCUAGCCGGCUACGCAGCCCGUAACCCCACCCAUAACCCGGAGCCCCCUCAGGCUUGCAAUCCAACUGACCAGAGAGGGAGGAAUCCUGCUAAUGCGACGAAGGUCUGUCCUAGGCUCCGGGAGCCGGAUAGAGGUAAAAGCGGCAGACCAUACCUUGCUUACAAGUCGCAGCAUGCUACCUGUCUCCACCAAGGUGCUACUGAUAGCUUUUUACCUGGAGGAACGAUGAACGGUCUCCUGCGGCAUACCUGCGGUGUCGGUUGA